AGAAAAGUUGUCAUUAAAGCUUUCCUCUCGUUCUUCCAACUGUAAAAGCUCCAAUUUUCCCCCCAGAAUUUAUUUGCUGUUAUAAUUCGGUUUAGAAAAUCCUUUUAUUUCAUGGUGCUUAGUUCCUCACUUCCAGAUUUGUUGAGUUUCUAAAUCUGAUGAGCAAAUCCAAGGAGUUCUUGCGAAAUCUAAUAAAACCUUUCAAGUUCAACUCAGGCAAUGAUACACGGAAUGGAGAUGACUUGCAGAAAAUAGCUCAUCAAGAGAAAAAGCAUUUCCCUUUCGAGAUUUUAGUUGCUGCUACCAACAAUUUCCACCAUCAUCAGAAGCUCGGUGAAGGGGGGUUUGGACCUGUUUAUAGGGGGAAACUAAAUGAUGGAAGAGAGAUUGCAGUGAAGAAGUUAUCUCAUAGCUCAAAUCAGGGUAAAAGGGAGUUUGAGAAUGAAGCUCGGUUGCUAGCUCGUGUGCAGCACCGCAAUGUUGUGAAUCUUUUAGGUUACUGUGUUCAUGGCCAGGAAAAGCUUUUGGUAUAUGAGUUCGUCACCAACGAGAGUCUAGACAAGCUUCUUUUCAAAUCAAAUAGAAAAUCGGAGCUUGACUGGAAGCGGAGGUAUGAAAUAAUUUCAGGUGUGGCCCGGGGUUUGCUCUACCUUCAUGAAGACUCGCACAAUCGCAUCAUUCACCGGGAUAUCAAAGCAGGUAAUAUAUUACUCGAUGAUAAAUGGAUCCCCAAGAUUUCUGAUUUUGGCAUGGCUCGACUCUUCCCCCAGGAUCAAACACAUGUCAACACCCGUGUAGCCGGCACCAAUGGAUAUAUGGCACCGGAAUACGUCAUGAAUGGACGUCUCUCAGAAAAGGCAGAUGCGUUCAGCUUCGGGGUUGUGGUUCUGGAACUGAUAAGCGGGCAGAAAAACUCAUCCUUCAACCUGGAUGUCGAUGCUCAAGGUCUACUUGAUUGGGCUUAUAAGCUUUACAAGAAAGGCAAAUGCUUGGAGUUCAUGGACUCUGCCUUGGUCUCAUCAGCAGUACCCGAACAAGUAGCUAUGUGCAUUCAAAUAGGGUUACUAUGCACGCAAGGUGAUCCACAAUUACGACCUGACAUGCGUCGGGUUGUUAUUCUGCUGUCAAAAAGACCUGGCAGUCUCGAAGAGCCUACAAGACCCGGAGUUGCGGGUACUCGAUACCGAAGAUCCCGCAGGCCUCCUGGAUUCUCUUCCACCGCUGGAACGUCUGGUCUUUCGGAUUCCCAUUCAUAUGGAUCAACCUUUAAUACUAAUACGGCUUCUGCUUCUACAUCAGCUCUUGCAAGCCCCUUGACAUCAGAUCCGCAUGGAAAGCGCCCAGUUCAGAGUUAAGUUUUGCAGGAGAUUUUGGGCUAUUCUUUGUGUAUUUUAUAAUUAACGCGUUAGUAACUUUUGUUCUUUAGGACGCAGAUGUAAAACAUGCCAUUUUUGAAGGG